AUGCGUAGAACGGGUGAAGAUCAAAGUAUCAUAUUAAGUGGCAUAACUGGGUCUGGUAAAAGUACAACAAGAUCACAUCUAUUGAACCAAAUCCUUUUAUUAUCAACCCAUUCUAAAAAAGAAACAAAAUUACAACAACAAAUUCAAAAUUCGCUUGUCAUUCUUGAAGCUUUUGGUCAUACCAAAACCCUACAAACUUCUUCCGCUUCAAAGUAUGGUAUGUUUCAAGAGCUGCAGUUUUCCGAAAGAGGUCGUAUUCUUGGAGCGAAAACUUUGACCUAUGCGUUUGAUAAAUCAAGAAUUACUUUUGUUCCCAAAGAAGAACGAUCGUUCAAUGUAUUUUAUUCACUGUUGGCCGGUACAAGCCAAGAAGAACAAAUAGCCCUUCAUAUCAACUUCCCUCCUGAAUCUUUCAAUUAUCUUGCUCAAUCCAAAACCAUCAAGGUACCUGAAAUCAAUGAUGAAAUUGCUUUUGCCGAUCUCAAGAGUUCUCUUAAAGUUUGUGGGUUCAAAGCAAAAACUGUCACUCAAAUCUUCCAGUUAUUGGCCGCUAUUCUACACAUUGGUAACCUUCAAUUUCAAGAUGAUAACGACGCCGGAAACCAAGCACAGGAAGCAUGUUGUAUUCGAAAUCAUGAUGUUUUGGAAGUAGUCGCCGCUAUAUUAGGUGUAUCACCUACAAAACUCGAACAAUCAUUGACUUACAAGCUUAGAUUGAUCCGUAAAGAACUAUGCACAAUGUUUUUAAACACUCAAGGUGCAACUGAGCAAAGAGAUGCUUUAGCAAGGGCUCUUUACCAUGUUUUGUUUUUAUGGAUUGUCGAAACUUUAAAUACCAAAAUAUGUUAUAAUGAUGGUGAACCUGCUAAUUUCGUGGGUAUUCUGGAUCAAUUUGGUUUCCAAAAUUUUAAAUCAAAUGGAUUUGAAGAAUUCUGUGCUAAUUUUGCUAAUGAACGGGUUAAUCAAUUUAUCAUCGACCAACGUUUCAGCGACACUGAAGGCAUGGGUGGCGCUAUGAUGCGCGACGGUGUUCCACUUCCCAAAAUAAUUACUAUGGACAACUCUGCUUGUCUUGAACUACUGAUCGGCAAAGAACAAGAUACCCAGAAAAACGUGAACAAAUCUGCAGCUUUAGGGCUCGGAGGUAUUGUCGGUGCAAUGGAUCGAGACUGUGCCAAAUACCAAACUGGAGCUACAGAUGCUACCAAUGCAAAUUUUUUGGCUAAUGUUCAGCGUACGUACGGCUCGCAUCCAUCCUUUUCCAAAUCAGGACAUGCAUAUUCAUUCGGUAUCAACCAUUUUUCUGGCUGUGUGCAUUACACCGUGGACUCCUUUUUGGAAAAGAAUUUGGACGAUCUUUCGCCGGAUUUUGUCAGCCUGUUGCGAGAGAAUAGUACUAACACAUUUGUUUCCAACCUUUUUGAAAGCUCGGCUAUGGCAACCGAAUCCCAUCCUAAGGACGACCGAACCAUUGUUAAGGCACAAUUGACAAGUAAGCCUACUCGUGCACCUUCCAUGAAACGACCUAAUAAACGUCGUGGCAAUAAUGUGCGAGACCCAGCCAUUCCUGAAGGUGGAGAACCCGAUGCAGAUGAAAUGCGAAAACAAAAAUUAAUUCAUGAUGCAGAAGAUGCUUAUCAAAAUAUGCAAGUUACUACUGUGAUGGAUCAACUCUACAUGACUUUACGAGAUCUAUUUUAUACCAUGUCUGAUACUCGUAUCUACAAUAUUAUUCAUAUCCGACCCAAUGAUACCCAAUCACCGGACGUAUUUGACCCUAAACGUGUUAAAGCCCAAGUCCGUGCAUUCUUAUUGCCCGAUUUAACCUUCCGUAGUGCUGUAGACUACGCUAAUUAUUAUACUUUUGGUGAAUUCCUGAUGCGAUACGAAAACUUUGUAAACUCGUUACAAAUAGAUCAUACAAAGCCCGAGAGAGAACAAGUUGAAAAUGUGCGCGCCAUCAUGAACUGGGUUGAGCCUCAAGCUUUUAUUGGUCAUGAUAUGAUUUGGUUCUCUUACGAAACCUGGAAAGAGCUGGAAGAUGGUUUACGUGCUGCUGAAAAAGAAGAACGUGAUCGUGCUAAAGGAUUAGAAGCUAAACAAGAAUUACCUCAUCAUAUUGAUCAACAUAUGGCGGCUAAUGCAGCAGCUGCUGCCGCUGCAGCUGUUCCUGUAGGUCACUAUCAAGAUGGUCGUUUAUUGCCUCCUAACCCAGUGUAUAUGGGUAAUAUGGGUCAAGGUGGUCACUUUGAAGAUGGCGCUAGUUACAUGGAUAGUGACGAUGGCAUGAAACGUGACAUGGAAGGCAGUCAAUGGGGUGAAGAGUCUGAAUGGGGAAUGAAAGGACUUUCAGACGGAUUUGGCCCAAAUAUGGACAUGAGUAAAAUGGUGGAAGACUAUCACACACCGCAAAACGAAUCUGUAGAAGAAAUGCCAAUUACAGCUGUUCGUAUUUGGUGGAUCCGAUUUGUUUGGUUAAUGACAUGGUGGAUUCCAUCUCCCUUCUUAAGCUGGUUUGGUAAAAUGAAGCGUGAAGAUGUACAAAUGGCUUGGCGUGAAAAAGUGACACUUUGUAUUAUUAUUUUCUUCUUUUCUGCUAUUACCAUCUUUGUUAUUGUUGGUCUUGGUGAGGUUAUUUGCCCUGGAACAAGAAAUAUGUUUUCCGGUGCUAAUGUUCAAGCACACGGUACACCCGAUGAUAUGUAUGUCAGUGUCCGUGGACAUGUUUACGAUAUUACCAAUUUUGCAAAAAGUCAGCAUGGUGCUUCCGCCUAUAUUGGUACCCCCGAUUUAAUGUCUCAAGUCGCCGGUUUAGACGUCUCUUACUCUGUCCCCCCACCCUUAACUGUGGCAUGUGCUGGCUUGGUCAAUUCUGCUAAUAUCAAAAUCAUUCCUAAUAAUACGAUUGUCUUGGCUAAUUUUGUACACAACUCAGGCGAUCAACGUACGGUGCCCACUUUACCCAAAUUGGCCGAUCCUCGUUGGUAUUGGGAUUACUUCAUCCCUACCAUGACGCUUUAUCGAAAGGGUAAAGUAGUUGUUCCCAUCAAUCAAUUGUAUGCCGAUUAUCAAAGUUGGAGUCGUUUAGCACUUGCCAUUAAUGGCAAAGUGUAUGAUAUCAAUGACUACAUGUCUACCAGCAAAAUCUUUGACUCUGGAUCUACUGCCACAGACUAUCAUUUUUUAAAUCCAACUGUAGAAGAAAUAUUUACCAAGUUCAGUGGUACAGACGCUACCGAUAAAUGGAAUCAAUAUCGUGGUUCGAUGACUCUGGAAGAGCAAGAGAUGAACUUGAACUGUCUCAACAAUUUCUUUUAUAUCGGUGAUGUGGAUGAACGAGAUUCUGCACGCUGUAUGUUCACGAAUUAUAUGCUUUUGACAGCUGCUGUUCUCAUGUGUUUUGUUAUUGUCGUCAAGUUUUUGGCAGCACUUCAGUUUGGUGGUGCACCUACGCCGGAAGACCACGAUAAAUUUGUUAUUUGUCAAGUCCCUUGUUAUACUGAGGAUGAAGAAUCUCUCAAAAAAACCAUUGACUCUUUGACUGUCAUGAACUAUGACGAUAAGCGUAAAUUACUUUACAUUAUUGCUGACGGUAUGAUUAUGGGUAGUGGUAAUGAUCGUCCUACACCUCGUAUCGUCCUGGACGUUUUAGGGUAUGAUACUAAAAACGAUCCUGAGCCCUUGAUGUUCAAAUCUAUUGGUGAAGGUUCUAAGCAAUUGAAUUAUGGUAAAGUCUACUCUGGUCUUUAUGAAUGCGAAGGUCAUGUUGUCCCCUAUGUUGUGAUUGUCAAGGUCGGUAAAGCUUCUGAACGUGCCAAGCCUGGCAAUCGUGGUAAACGUGAUUCUCAAAUGAUAUGUAUGAAUUUCUUGAACAAGGUUCAUUUUGAUAGUGAAAUGACUCCACUUGAAUUGGAAAUGUAUCAUCAAAUCAAAAAUGUAAUUGGUGUGAACCCUUCAUUUUAUGAAUACAUACUCAUGGUGGACUCCGAUACUGAAGUUAUGGCAGAUGCAUUGAACCAUAUGAUUUCUCGUAUGUUGCACGAUGGUCGUAUUAUUGGUCUUUGUGGUGAAACGAAAUUGGUUAAUGAAGAUAGAUCUUGGACUACCAUGAUUCAAGUAUACGAAUACUAUAUUUCCCAUCAUCUUGCAAAAGCGUUUGAGUCACUGUUUGGGUCUGUUACUUGUUUGCCUGGUUGUUUCUGUAUGUACCGUAUCCGUACUCCAGUAAAAAAUGAGCCGCUUAUUAUUUCUCCUAAGGUUAUUUAUGACUACUCGGAUAAUCAUGUUGAUACACUUCACAAAAAGAACUUGUUGCAUUUGGGUGAAGAUCGAUACCUUACCACAUUGAUGAUGAAGCAUUUCCCUCAAUACAAAAUGAAAUUCACCGCGCAUGCUCAAUGUAAGACUGUGGCCCCAGAUCGCUGGCAAAUUUUGUUAUCACAGCGUCGUCGAUGGAUUAAUUCUACGAUUCACAAUCUAUUUGAGGUUGUGUUGCUUCCGGAUCUUUGUGGUUUCUGUUGUUUCUCAAUGCGAUUCGUAGUCUUGAUCGAUUUGAUUGGUACCCUGACUUUACCUGUGUCUGUUAUUUAUCUCGUAUAUCUAAUUUAUGUAAUUGCUUCUAAAUCGGGUCCUAUUCCUAUUUUGGCGCUUUGUAUGUUGGCUGGUAUUUACGGUUUGCAAGCCAUCUUGUUUAUCUUAAAACGCCAAUGGCAGCAUAUAGGUUGGAUGAUCUUUUAUAUCCUGGCUAUUCCUGUCUUCUCCUUCUUUUUGCCCAUCUAUUCUUUCUGGCAUUUCGACGAUUUCUCUUGGGGAAAUACGCGUGUGGUGGUUGGUGAUAAAAAGCAAAAGAAAAUUAUUGUUGCUGAUGAUGAAAAGUUUGACGAAAAGAUGAUCCCGCUAAAGAAAUGGAGUGUGUAUGAACAAGAGCUUUGGGAAUUAGGGUCCACAGGAAGUAAAGAGACAGGUGUCACUGGCAAUACUUACAAGAGCUAUCAAACACAUGGAUCUCGCAAUAAUCAAUCAGCCAUGUACGAUAGCCGUACACAAUACGGUGGCAGUCAAGCAGGUGGUGAAUAUGAUUACUACAGAGAUACUAAUGUUGCUGGAUACGAAAAACGAGGAGGUAACAGAGCACAGAGUCCGAUGGGAUUCACGGGAUCUGUCAUUGGGGGUUCUGAAUACGGAGGGGCUGCUACACAAGAUUUUAUGAUGACACCGCCUAUGCCAAGAGGCUCUCAAGCAAUGUCUGUACAUAGCUUUGGACCGGAUUAUGCUACCAGUGGACAUAUUACACCCAUGAUGGGAGGAGGAAAUGGUAGCAUGAUGUACGAUCGUUCCAGUGCCAUGAUGGGAGGUAGUAUGAUGGGAGCGCAACCGCACAUGAUGAUUCCUGGAGCCAAUCAAAGUGAAUAUGAAAUGCCGAUGCGACCCAUGAGUCAAUUCUCUAUACCUUUAUCGCAAGGCGGUAUGCAACCAAUGACACCGCCUGGGUUCCCUACGGAUGAAGAAAUUUUAUCCGAGAUUCGAAAUAUUCUUCAGACGGCUAAUUUAAUGAGUAUCACUAAGAAGCAAGUACGAGAACAAUUGAGUGCUUUCUUUGGCUUUGAUAUGACUCCCAAGAAGGAAUAUAUCAAUACAAGCAUCGAAUACAUAUUACAAGGUCGUCUUUAA